GACGAGAAAUGUGUUCAUAAUAAGGUGAAGAGGUUAUGUUGCCGCAACAUUAUUUUAAUUGAAGUAUAAUAGCAUAAUAAAAUAUAGCAAGAAAACUUUUUAAAGUUUUUAAUCAAAAUAUACAAAUAUGCCAACUUGGAAUCAAAUUCAAGCUCAACUACGAAAUCCGAAUAAUCCAGUGGUGUUUUUCGACGUAUCUGUAGGCACUACAGAAAUCGGACGAAUGAUUUUUGAGCUUUUCGAAGAUGUUUGUCCAAAAACAUCGGAGAAUUUUCGACAAUUCUGCACCGGAGAGUACAGAAAAGACGGUGUAUCUUUAGGUUUUAAAGGUGCCAUAUUUCAUAGAGUCAUUAAAGACUUCAUGAUCCAAGGCGGUGAUUUUGUAAACGGUGAUGGUACUGGAGUCAUAAGCAUCUACGGUGGUGGAACAUUUCCUGAUGAGAAUUUUACAUUGAAACAUGACUCACCUGGAUUGUUAUCCAUGGCCAACAGUGGCAAAGACACUAACGGUUGUCAAUUUUUCAUCACUUGUGCCAAAUGUAAUUUCUUGGAUGGUAAACACGUUGUUUUUGGAAGAGUUAUCGAUGGACUUCUAGUUAUGAGGAAAGUAGAGAAUGUUCCCACAGGGCCAAACAACAAACCAAAAAUUCCUGUGACGAUAUCUCAAUGCGGACAAAUGUAAUAACUAACUAAUUAUAUUUUAUACUUUUAAAUGUAAGAUAUGCUAUAAAAACGUUUGUCAUAUUUCUUCAGAAUAA